UGAUAUCGACAUGAGCCCUUUGGACAUUGACAGUGAUGAUGACGACCCUACCUACGUUCCUGACGAAGGCCUUACUCAGGACGGUGCCUUUGACCUUCCUAACUCUAGAGAUCGCAAGGUCAAUGUUGUCUCUCAAGCGAUGCCUAUGGAAGAGGAACCUGAGCCUAACCCUAAGAGGUCUCAUGCUGAUGAAUGGAAGAAGGAAAACAUUGAUAUCCAUGCCCUGCCCGACUACAUUCAUCAGAAGCCUGGUGCCAGGAAUUCUCUUGGCACUAGAGAUUUUGCUUUGCCAAGAAGGGGCCAACAGGUAGUUUUGCAAAAUAUUGAGACACGCCAGAAUGCCACUGCCCUACACAUGCCAAAGCGUGUCACCAUGAGGCAGACCUGCAAGUUCUGUUCUGGUGCAGGCCACAGUUCCCGCUGGAUGUGUGAGGAUUGCAAGGUUGCCCUUUGCCUUACUGAAGAAAGAAAUUGUUUUGCUUUGUUCCAUAAGAUUUCUAAGUAAGUUGUUUGUUAUG